UGCCCAUCUCCUGUACUAUGUCCGCAGUGUCUGGUCAUGCCCUGUACUGUCUGCAGUCUCUGGUCAUCUCCUGUACUAUGUCCGCAGUCUCUGGUCCAUCUCAUCUCCUGUACUGUGUCCGCAGUCUCUGGUCAUCUCCUGUACUAUGUCCGCAGUCUCUGGUCUUCUCCUGUAUUAUGUCCACAGUCUCUGGUCAUCUCUUGUACUGUGUCUGUCGCAGUCUCUGGUCAUCUCCUGUACUGUGUCCGCAGUCUCUGGUCAUCUCCUGUACUGUGUCCGCAGUCUCUGGUCAUCUCCUGUACUGUGUCUGCAGUCUCUGGUCCAUCUCCUGUACUGUGUCCGCAGUCUCUGGUCAUCUCCUGUACUGUGUCCGCAGUCUCUGGUCAUCUCCUGUACUGUGUCCGCAGUCUCUGGUCCAUCUCCUGUACUGUGUCCGCAGUCUCUGGUCAUCUCUUGUACUGUGUCCACAGUCUCUGGUCAUCUCCUGUACUAUGUCCGCAGUC